AUUUGCACACCUCUCAUCAAUUCCAGUGUGGCAUUACGCAAUACUGUUAUUGAAACUGUGGGCAAGCUCCUCUUCAACGUUGACUCAUAUCACUUUCAGUUAGUCUGCACAGGCAAUGGCUUGUGUUUCACUCUGAUCGUUUCUCAGUUGAGAGGAUGAAUGAUUUCAGACUCUCCAUCCAUACUCUGCUUGGCCUGUGUAUAAUAUUUUCUAUGGUUCACGGCGAAUGCUACACUGAUGCUGGAUGUCAACUGCCAAAACCAAGCAUCAGUCAGCUGAAGGCACUCGGUGACAAGCGAAGCCUCACAGUGAGCUGGCUGGCAGUUCACAGCGGCUUAGUGGGUGACAUUUAUGAGAUCCAGAUCAGCCGCACGGAAAAGCACACCAUUAUUUAUAGUACAAAUGUGAGUGUACCUUCUGUUGAUUCAUCCGAGUACACGUGGACGUGGGUCUCUGAUCUGCCUCUGGAGUGCGUCGAUCACUCGGUCAGGAUACGAGCUUUCUAUAAUCACUCUGUCGCAGGUCCUUGGAGCAACUGGAAAACCAACAAUGGAUCCAAAAAAAACGAUCAGCCAAUGAUAUUUCCCUUCGAGCAGGUGCUGAUGGAGGGCACCACUGCAACGUUCUGCUGUGUUCCCCCAGCAGGAGUCAACAUCACAAGCAUAGCAUUCAGGAACGAACCAUACGCUCUUACGAGCGUUGGAGCCGGUGUCAAGGCUAUUACUGUCAACAACUUAAGCAUCCCAACAGAAGACAGUAUGACAGUGUUCCAAAAAAAAGCGUUAUCAGUGUUGCUGCUUGAAUGUGUAGCUGCAGACAAGAAGAGUUUUAUCUGGAACUAUGUCAGCUUUCCUCCCCAGAAGCUCACAAACCUCAGCUGCGCAACCACAGACAUGAGAACUGUCACCUGCACCUGGGAUUCAGGCAGAAAACGAGACCGACACGAUCACAACAAGCGAACAUACACUCUACACAUCGAGAACUCAGACCGGGGUCCCGUCAGCUGUGAGGAAUCAUCUUGUACAUUUCCAGCUGUGCCCCAGCUGCAAGAAUACAACAUCAGCGUGGUGGUGAAGGACAUGCUGGGAGAGGAGACGGCGAGCCACAGCUUUAACAUCUCUGAAAGAGUGUUUCCUGUUGUGGAGUGGGAAGCAUUGAGAGCUGGGGUGACAGGCGCCAACAUGUCCUGGAGUGUUCAGGGGAACUUCACUCGACAGAACCUCCUCUGUCAGACUCACACGGAGCCCGGCAACAACACAGAGUUGAGCUGUAACAGUCUGAGUGGUGUCUGUGAAGUCAAACUGGAACAGCUGCUGCCGAACACCCAUUACUCCACCAGGGUACGCUGCUCUCUCAAUGGCAGACUCUGGGGAGGAUGGUCAGACCCCGUACCCUUCAUAACCUUACCGUUGGUGAAGCUGGACUUAUGGAGGAGAAUAGAGCAGCUGUCUGACCCCCACAGUCGUCAAGUUACUCUCUUGUGGAAUCCGCACAUUGUUGGCACGGCGGCAACAUUAAAAAUCCCAGGCUACAAAGUUCAGUACACGCAGGAAGGGCGCACAAACUCGACGGAGGUCGGACAGAGCCAGGCGGUGGUCUCCGUCGGCCCAGGAAAGUGUGUCUUCACCGUGAGGGCUGUCCUCCAAAGCGGCUCCUCCGUCCCUGCCCGCAUCACCGUCCCACCGGUCGACUACACAGAAAAACCCCCAGUACAGAAGCGACUGAGCAGCACCGCAGCCGGCGGUUUCAAUCUGUCCUGGCACGAGUCGAGCACCGUCUCCUGUGGCUACACCGUGGAGUGGUGCGAUCUGAGAAAUGCAGGGCCUUGUACCCUGAAGUGGGUGAAUGUGCCAGAGGGAGACAACACAUUGGUCCUACCUGCCGGAGACUUCAAAGCAGGCUGCAGGUAUACGUUUAAUAUUUAUGGGUGCACGGAGAAUGGACACACGCUGCUGGAGAAGCAGACCGGAUACUCAAAAGAGCUCAACUCUAUACAGUCCCUGAAGCUUGUUCAACCAGUUCAGAGCACUUCCUCUUCUGUGACACUGGAGUGGCUGUACGAUGAAGAUGACCAGCCGGCCUUCAUCACUGGUUAUCUGGUCACAGUGCAGGAAGUAGCAUCCAACAUUGUGCCGGGUCAGGCUGCAGUGGUGUUCAACAAGACUGUGGCAGAGCCCCGGAAAAAGUCUCAGAUCAUAAAGGGUCUGCAGUCGAACCGAGAGUAUGUUUGCUCUGUGAGAGCUCUCACUAAAGAGGGCCCUGGGACGCCGAUCAUCAUAACCCUCAGGACCACAAUCAACUACUCUGCUUAUUUGGCCAAGAUACUGAUCCCCACCGUGUUAGUACUGGGAUGCAUCAUUCUGCUGUGGCCCCAAAGAAAUACGCUGAAGAGUGGGCUGAAGGAGAUAUUUGUUUAUCCAGCUGGUAUGAACAUUAAAACUUUUGAGUUUGACAGCUUCCUUCAUGAGACUGGUCAGAAGCUGCAGUCUCAGGCGGAAGAGGACUGCGUCACCUGCGACAUCGAGGUUGUGAAUAAGAGGCCACUCCUGAGUGAAGCGCCCACCUCCGGAGGCACCGAGCUCCAGAGCUCCCUGUGCUCUCCUCAGGCCUCUCCUUUGUCCGCGUCGCCUUCCCGUGCACCGAUCCAAGCCAGCUACCGCCCGCAGUUAGACCUGCAGCUCUGGGACGAGCGUGCCCUUCCUCAAAGCAGAAGUUUCACGAACAAGAAUUAUUUAUUCGCCAUGGCGGACGAUUCCUCUGAGCCACAAGGGACGCUCAGCGAAAUCAAAUCCAGCCUCGAGCCCCCCGUGGGUCCGAAUAACUCGUGUAGCGUCAUAUACGGUUACAUCUCCGCUAAUACAACAUGAUCGUGGUGCCUAUGUGUUUCUUUUUUUUUCUCCAGCACUUUCUGUAUUUAUGUCUCAUUUUAGCACAUUCUGUGUCAUUUACUGCAAUACUCAGAUUUUGUGAUAAGCCAAAACCAAAAGGUGAACCUGUAGGUGUUUUCAACAGAAUAAGAAAGUUAUUUCCAAGAAGGAACUAACUGAUGUUAUUUACAGGAAGUAACUGAUAAGGAAGCCGAAUGUCCUCAAGCAAACUGAAAAGGCACACGCCGACAGAGAGGUGUGUAUCUUUUAUGGACUAUUAAAAAAGAUUUUAGCUGUAAAACAAUGACUUAUUAAGCAGAAAGGGAUACUAUAGAAAUGACAGGCAUUGCAUAAAAACGUUGAGAUUGUGCAACAUCUGAUAAAGACUCUUCAUCCUGUGUAGGUGAUUAAAGCUACAGGAUGAGAUAUGCCAAA